AUGGCCUCAACGUCUUCCGCCACCACAACCUCAUCACAAGAUAUAUCCACCACUGCUACCACAGCCCGAAUCCUCGUCAACCUCGAGAAGAUGGGCGCCUCCCUGCGCAGAUCCGGCAGGAGGCUCUCCUCGCGGCUCCGAGAGCAUUGGGCGGACGCGCCGAAGAGCCCCAAAGCAGAUGUGUGGCGAGGGACGUCGUAUUUACCUUAUGGGAUGGAGACGGCCGCAGAAGCAGAGGAAUCAGUCGAGAUGGCGUGCUUCGCAUGGUGGAGUCUACCCACGGCGCAAAAGAAUCAGCCGCUGUUCCAACGGACGCAAGAGGUCUUCGACAGUACCAGCGACAUUUUGAGCGGUGAACGUCUUUGA